UCGUUUUCGACGGAGAGAAAACGCCUUUACAAGCUUCUAACACAAAGAUGCUCCGUGCAAUUUUCGCUUUAAUUCUUGUGGCCAGAGUUUUGUACUCCUCAAGCUUUGAUUGUCGCGACAACUCUCUCAAAGUUGAAGAUUUCCAAAAAGUUUCCGGAGGAGGAAUUGUUGCUUCCUCCUGGUUUUCGCCAUACUCAGAUUUUGCGCCAUUUCAAGGAAGAUUACACAACCAGAGAGGAGCUUGGUGUUCGAAUCGGCCAGAAAAAGACCCCAGACCUUAUCUUCAGGUCGAGCUUCCUCGGCGUACACGAGUUUGCGCAGUAGCCACACAAGGAUCAUCCUUGUAUGAUACUGACUACGUCACGAAAUACGAAAUUCAAACCUCGCUGGACAAGAAGAACUGGGUGACGUACAAAGAGAAUGGCGCAAACAAGAUUUUUCACGGUAACAUUGAUGCCAGUCAGAAGCUUAAGAUGAACCUCGCUGAACCGGUUCUGGCCAUGUUUGUCCGGUUUAUUGUCACAGAAUAUAACAACUGGCCGUGCAUGCGCGUUGAGAUCUACGGAAAACCUGCCAAUUGCACUGUAAGAACACAGGACAAUCAAUGUUGUGUGUUCCCCUUCAUGUUCAAGGGGGAGAGAUACUUUUCAUGCAUCUCAUACUCGUUUGGCAGACGAUGGUGUGCGACGACACCAGACUUUGACAAAGAUGGCAAAUGGGGAAAGUGCUGAACUUCUUAAUUCAAGAAGACUAGAAGCAAAGGGCAGGAGGCUAGUGCACUUGCAGUUUGAAAGAAGAAAAUGUAUUAUCUUAGAUAGCCUUGCAGCUUUAAAAAUCGUCUUAUAUCAUGCGUAGGUUUAAUUCAUCGUUAUAAGCACAAACGCCAGAGGGCAGGCACUUAAUAAACAUGUUUGCUCACGAACUCCUUUCACGCCAGUUGAUUUGUUUUUCUCUGGGCUUGGCUGAGAACAGGUCUCGUGAAAUUGUGAUAUUGGUGCACAAUCCCCGUGCUCCUUUCAUAUUCAGUUAUGCUCUGAAUUCCUUCAUCAGUUAUCUUUUCGCAAGGAUUCGGUCUAAACUUGUGUAAAUUUAAAAAUGAAU